UUUGAAGGGUGCAACAAGGCAUUUUCUAGGCUUGAGAACCUUAAGAUUCACCUCCGGAGUCAUACUGGGGAGAAGCCAUACCUGUGUCAGCAUCCUGGCUGCCAGAAAGCUUUCAGCAACUCCAGUGACCGGGCAAAGCAUCAGCGAACGCACCUGGAUACCAAACCCUAUGCCUGUCAGAUUCCUGGCUGCUCCAAACGCUACACUGACCCCAGCUCUCUGCGCAAACAUGUGAAAGCUCAUUCAGCCAAAGAACAACAGGUGCGUAAGAAGCUAAAUUCAUGUACUGAUAUCGAACAAGAUGUACUAAGUGAAUGCUUAGCUAUACAACAACUCCACACAUCUUCACAACACAUUUUGGAUGGGAAAUGUGGUAGAUCUGUAGGUCAUCAUGAUUUAAUUACAGGCAUGUACAGUGGUUCCAGCGCUAACCAAAAUGGUCCCUCACCAGGUAUAUUGCCGCCUCCUCAUGACGUCUCUUCAAGGCACCAUCCACUCGACUCUACCCUUUCCAGUCCACAUCACCAUCAGUCACCGCUGGAGAGUACCAGGGAAGGGCUUGUUCCCAACAUAAUCUCUCCACUUGUCAGCCCCCUGAAAGCAUUAGUUCCACCUUCCCUAUUGCAGAAACAUGGCUCUCCAUCAUCACACAGCCAGUCACCAAAUGGGCAGCAAUUUUCUGGAAUACCAAAUAAACCAUACGCUCAAUUUCAAAACCAGUCUGUACAGCAGGGAUCUCAAGGUUACCAAGGCAGCUUUCACUCAAUACAAAACUGUUUCCACUAUGGAGACUGCUACAGAACAAUGGACCAGUCUGUCACCAGCGAUGUGCUAACAGGGGAAUCCCAUUGCUUUAAUCCUCUGAGACAGAACGGCUAUCACAUCCUCAAUGCACCUUUAGCUUCAACAGGCUAUGAUGCAAUCUCUGAAGCACAGUGUGUAUCUGAAGACAUGGUCUCCAACGGAACUGAUGACAAUGGAUUCUUCCAAAACGGCGCCUUUGAUCACUGCUUGAAUCACAUUCCUUCCAUCUAUACAGAUACCUAAGAGCAGUGCUCACCUUGUUUCCUUUAUUAUACCUAUAACUGUGUAUGUAAUAACAAAGGUGUUCAAGUACUUUUAUUUAGCCUGUAUCCCUAUAUGUGCUGAUUAAAAUAAACACCUCACAUUUACCAAACCAUUUUAUACAUGAAUAGUCUGUAUAAGAUAAUAUUGGAACCCGUUCCUUUGCUGUGGCACUUUGAAAUUCAUGCU